AUGAGGGAGGCAGUCUCAGGUCUGCUUCAGCAGGAGGAGCAAUCGCUGCCUGGCAUCUCCAACUCCAUCUGCAUCUGCAUCCAUCUGCAUCGAACCAAGGGCCUUGGCUGGGUGGACCAUCAAGGCCAAAGACCGCAUCCAGACCAGCGUGUAAUUGAUAUGCAAUCGUUGUUGCUGCCACAGCAUUGUGGCAUCUCAGCCUCCUUUUUGUCCGCACACUGCAACGGGUCCACUGCAACAGCAACAACAGGAACUGCAACUGCAACAACUGUGGCAACAACCGACGACGACAACAACGGCAUCUCAAGAGUUUAA